AUGACUGAUUGGUUUGAUUGGGCUGCCAAUCAAACCAUAGCCAACUUCUUUACCGGUACUUGCACUGAUUUUGAUACAAGUACUAGAAUACAAGAUUUCAAUGUAUCAAAGUGUCCAGUUGAUGGCGCAUGGGGCUCCUGGUCGAAUCCAACAUGUUCCGUUACAUGUGGAAACGGUAUUCAAUCCAGAAAUCGAACUUGUGACAGCCCAGUACCAUCCGCGGGGGGAAAAGAUUGUAAUGGGUCCAGUGUAGAUUCAUCGGAUUGCAGCUUAAGUGAUUGUCCAGUUCAUGGCGCAUGGGGCUCCUGGACGAAUCCAACAUGUUCCGUUACAUGUGGAAACGGUAUUCAAUCCAGAAAUCGAACUUGUGACAGCCCAGUACCAUCCGCGGGGGGAAAAGAUUGUAAUGGGUCCAGUGUAGAUUCAUCGGAUUGCAGCUUAAGUGAUUGUCCAGUUGAUGGCGCAUGGGGCUCCUGGACGAAUCCAACAUGUUCCGUUACAUGUGGAAACGGUAUUCAAUCCAGAAAUCGAACUUGUGACAGCCCAGUACCAUCCGCGGGGGGAAAAGAUUGUAAUGGGUCCAGUGUAGAUUCAUCGGAUUGCAGCUUAAGUGAUUGUCCAGUUGAUGGCGCAUGGGGCUCCUGGACGAAUCCAACAUGUUCCGUUACAUGUGGAAACGGUAUUCAAUCCAGAAAUCGAACUUGUGACAGCCCAGUACCAUCCGCGGGGGGAAAAGAUUGUAAUGGGUCCAGUGUAGAUUCAUCGGAUUGCAGCUUAAGUGAUUGUCCAGGUUUGGGAAUGAAAUGCAACAGAGAUAUUGUCUUAGGGUAA